UCUUCACCAUUCCAAAGGCACAGAAGUAGUUUCACCAACGCCUCCGGCGACGACAACAAAAGCCAAAACCCACAAGGUUCGUGUCUCGAUUGUGUUUAUAGUCUGUCCCUCGAGCCGAUACGGAACUCGCUACAUGUUACGAGUGGCCUCCAUAUGGGCUGGAUUACCCCCCUGCUUAGAAGAUGAUGUCCCGAGCCAGUGCUGAUAUCUUUCUUUGCAGCCCUUCCGAUUAGCUUCAAGAUGUCCGCCCCAAUCAGUAAAAAGCGCAAGUUUGUCGCCGAUGGUGUUUUCCGCGCCGAACUCAAUGAAUUCUUCACUCGCGAACUCGCCGAGGAAGGCUACUCUGGCUGUGAUGUCCGCGUAACUCACGCCCGGACUGAGAUUAUCAUCCGUGCUACCCACACUCAGGAAGUUCUUGGUGAAAAGGGUCGCCGCAUCCGUGAGCUGACUUCUCUCGUCCAAAAGCGCUUCAAAUUCCCCGAAAACACUCUCGAAUUGUAUGCCGAGAAGGUGCAAUACCGCGGUCUCUCUGCGAUUGCGCAAUGUGAGAGUUUGAGAUACAAAUUGCUUGGUGGUCUGGCUGUUCGCCGGGCAUGCUAUGGUGUCUUGCGUUACGUCAUGGAGUCUGGUGCCAAGGGUUGUGAAGUCGUUGUCUCUGGCAAACUGCGUGCUGCUCGUGCCAAAUCCAUGAAGUUCACCGAUGGAUUCAUGAUCCAUUCCGGUCAACCAGCGAGAGAUUACGUUGACUAUGCUGUCAGACACGUCCUGCUCAGACAGGGUGUUCUUGGUAUUAAAGUGAAAAUCAUGAAAGGUUGGGAUCCUGAGGGCCAGACUGGUCUUAAGAGACCCCUUCCCGACUCCGUUCAUAUUUCGGACCCCCCAGUCGACAAGAUCGUUUCCGAGCCAUCAUCCGAGUCUAGAGAACCUGCAGCCGUUGUGGCUCCCGCGCCAGCAGCGGACGAGCAGGCUACUUACUCCCAAGAACCUGCCUUCCAGGCAGAGACUUAUGCUGAGCCUUUCUGAGCUACCUAGUAGUUGUUUUUUGUCAUACCUCCUGUCUGUUGUCCUACUAUGGUUGAAUGAGAUCGAGCUCGUAACGCACGCAGCUGACACUGUUGUAUGAG